AAAGAAGUAAAUGAAACUAACAAACGUGUAGAACAGGAAAUCAAAGUGGCUAUAUUCACCCUCAUCAAUGAAAUCAAUAAAAAGGGCAAAUCUCUCCUACAGCACCUUGAGAAUGUAACGAAGGAAAGACAGAUGAAGUUAAUACAACAACAAAAUGACAUCACUGGUCUUUCUCGACAAGUGAAGCAUGUGAUGAACUUUACUAAUUGGGCUAUUGCAAGUGGCAGCAGUACCGCUUUGCUGUACAGUAAACGGCUGAUAACAUUCCAGUUACGACAUAUUUUGAAGGCACGUUGUGAUCCUGUCCCAGCUGCCAACGGAGCAAUUCGCUUUCAUUGUGACCCCACAUUUUGGGCAAAGAACGUUGUCAAUUUAGGUAACCUUGUUAUUGAAAAUAAACCAGCUCCUAGUUACACUCCUAAUGUAGUGGUUGGACAAGCUCCUCCAGGAACAAACCACAUCAACAAAGCUCCAGGACAAAUCAAUCUAGCACAGCUUCGACUUCAGCACAUGCAGCAACAGGUGUAUGCACAAAAGCAUCAGCAAUUGCAGCAGAUGAGGAUGGGACAGCCAUCUGGGUCAGUUCCCAGACAAACCAAUCCUCAAGUCUUACAGCAGCAGCAUUCUAACCCUGGGCAUGCGGGGCCUUUUCCAGUUGUUUCUGUGCACAACAACACUAUUAAUCCAACUAGUCCUACUACAGCAACAAUGGCAAGUGCAAACCGUGGCCCAACAAGUCCAUCUGUUACAGCAAUUGAACUCAUUCCUUCCGUAACAAAUCCAGAGAAUUUACCUUCCCUGCCAGACAUCCCACCCAUCCAGCUUGAAGAUGCUGGUUCAAGUAAUUUGGAUAACCUUUUAAGCAGAUACAUCACAGGCAGCCAUCUACCCCCACAACCCACAAGUACCAUGAAUCCCUCCCCAGGACCUUCAGCUCUAUCUCCAGGGUCAUCAGGUUUAUCCAACUCCCACACUCCUGUGAGGCCACCUAGUACCUCCAGCACAGGUAGCAGAGGAAGCUGUGGCUCCUCAGGCAGAACUGCUGAGAAAACUAGUGUUAACUUCAAGUCUGACCAGGUAAAAGUCAAGCAGGAGCCGGGGACAGAGGAAGAGAUAUGCAGUUUCUCAGGAACAGUAAAGCAGGAGAAAACAGAGGAUGGCAGAAGGAGUGCUUGCAUGGUAAAGUUAGUUUGUGAAACAGUAUUUUAUAGUAUUCCUAGCAGCGUGGUUAAGAAUCCUGAAAUCAUAAAGCAGUUACUCUUAAGCCUCAUUAUCCCUUUAGCAGCCUCUGAAGACUGUGAAGAUAUUUUGCUCACAAAAUACAUC